AUGAAAGCUGUUCAGUUCUCGGCCAGCAAGGCCAGUCCACGCGUGUGGAGCGUGGACCGCUCCAUGGGGAGCGGCCACGAGCGGCCCUGGGGGAAGGUGCUUCCCGUGAGCCUGCUGGGCGCCGCGCUGCUGCUCUGGUGCGCGCUCAGGGACAGCUCCGAGAUCGACGAGCGCCUCGAGGCGAUUUUCUCCGAGCGGGUUGCGGACCCCGCGCAGCCGCAGCAGGAGAAAUGA